ACCAACGCACUUCCCUCCGCUUUCCCAUCCCUCCGUUUCCGCAUACUGCAGACUGACAUGCACACCGCUCCAUCCAUCCACCCAUUACGCAGCGCAGGCAUGCAUCCGCGCUGCGCGCUCUCCUCCCCGGCCGCUCUCUGAUCACCCCGGACCGAACCUCGCUACAAUCCCGUGCUGUUUUUUUUUUGCCGCCCUUCCAUCUUUUAACAUGCCAAGCGAGGAGGACCUCCUCGGCGCCGAGAGAUGAGCUCGGCGGAUGUGGACCUAGCCCUCGGACUCCCUGUCAUCGCCUGAGGCCGCCGGUCCGCGGCUCCUGUCUCUGCUCGGGGUUUUCGCGGCUCACCAUGUUGUGAUUGCGGGGAGCAUGUGAAGAGGAUGCUGGCGGUGUGGUGCUUCAUGCUCUUUGCUGCAGUGGGCGAGAGGCUUGCGAUCGCAGGAUCUGACAAGAGCCCAGUGAAGGAUGGAGCAGCCUGGGACUGGUUCUCCUUGGCUGGACGACCCGGCAGCAGUGACUCAGGGACUGAAGUCACCUACCCAAAGCGGCUGGUCCAGCAGAUCAAGUCGGAAGAGGAAAUGGCGCAUCAAUAUUUGGGUACCAGGGUGAAGAACAGCACCGGGGACACAUCGCCGAUCCACUUGGCCCAGAGCUCUUUCCAAGUGGACGCGUUUGGACGGACCUUCAUUCUGGACCUGGAGUUGAACCAUCACCUCCUGUCCUCGGAAUAUGUGGAGCGUCACUUUAACCAAGAUGGAAGACCAAAACAGACUGUGGGAGGGGAGCACUGCUACUAUCAGGGGCGGCUCAGAGCGUCGCCAGGAUCCUGGGCGGCUCUCUCCACCUGUCACGGCCUCUGUGGGAUGUUCUCUGAUGGGGUCUUCUCCUAUGGUAUUGAACCAGUGACAAACGGAAGCAGUCAGGAAGAUGGCGCACACCUGAUCCGCCAGAUGCCAGAUAUCAGACUCACCCCUCCCUGCACAGACUGUGAUGAGGACAGUGGGCGAGAUGGCAAAGGAGGUGAGGAUGACAGACCGAACCAAACCAGGGAGCAGCAGGAGUCUGCAGUACUGAGGAGAUCCAAGAGAUUUGUUCGCAGACCCUCUGUCCAGACUGAGACCAAGUACAUCGAGCUCAUGGUCGUCAAUGACCACGACAUGGUGGUCCAGCUACGACGUUCUGGCAGCCAAACGAAGAACUUUGCCAAAGCCGUGGUCAACAUGGCUGAUGCGAUCUACAAGGAGCAGUUGAACACAAGAAUCGUGCUGAUCGCCAUGGAGACCUGGACGGCUGCAAACAUGAUGCCGGUGGUGGAGGACCCGGUGAGCACGCUGCAGAACUUCAUGAAGUACCGCAAGGACAACAUCAGAGAGCAGAGCGAUGUCGUCCAUCUUUUCUCAGGGCGGACGUUUCAGAGUGGUCGCAGCGGGACGGCCUACAUGGGCGGAGUCUGCUCCUCAGCAAGAGGAGGCGGGAUCAAUGAGUUUGGCAGCGUUGGUGCAAUGGCCAUCACUUUGUGUCAGAGCAUCGGACAGAACAUCGGCAUGAGGUGGAACAACAUCCGCUACUCGGCAGGAGACUGCAAGUGUUCCGACACCUGGCUGGGCUGCAUCAUGGAGGACACCGGAUACUAUCUUCCCCGAAAGUUUUCACGCUGCAGUGUUGAUGAGUACAUUCAGUUCCUGCUGCAGGGGGGCGGCAGCUGCCUCUUCAACAAGCCCAACAAGCUGCUGGACCCUCCAGAGUGUGGAAAUGGCUUUGUGGAGGUUGGGGAAGAGUGUGACUGCGGCUCUCAGGUGGAAUGUGCCCGGAACGGAGGGGCCUGCUGUAAGAAGUGCACACUAACCCACGAUGCCAUGUGUAGUAAUGGCCUCUGCUGCAGCGGCUGCAAGUAUGAGCAGAGAGGCGUGGUGUGUCGAGAGGCUGUCAACGACUGUGAUAUUUCAGAGACCUGCACCGGAGACUCCAGCCAGUGUCCUCACAACGUGCACAAGCUGGACGGCUACAUGUGCGAUACGAAUCAGGGACGCUGCUACGGCGGACGAUGCAGGACCCGGGAUGGACAGUGCCGAGGACUAUGGGGAUACAACGCGGCAGACCGGUUCUGCUACGAGAAGCUGAACGCAGAGGGGACGGAGAAGGGCAACUGUGGGCGCAGCCCGGAAGGACGCGGCUGGCUGCAGUGCAACAAGCCCGACGUUCUCUGUGGCUUCCUCUUCUGCGCCAACAUCACCAUGAAGCCCAAGUUUGGAGACCUGGAGGGCGAGGUGACCAGCUUCACCCUCUACCACCAGAACAAGUACCUGGACUGUCGAGGCGGACACGCUGUGCUGGAGGAUGGUUCCGACCUGGGCUACGUGGAGGACGGGACUCCUUGUGGACCCAACAUGAUGUGUUUGGAGCGACGCUGCCUCCCAGUGGCGGCCUUCAACCUGAGCACUUGCGCAGGCUCCAACUUGGGCCGCAUUUGCUCAGACCAUGGGACCUGUAGCAACGAGGUGAAGUGCAUCUGCGACCGAGACUACACCGGGAAGGACUGUAGCGUCUUCGACCCAAUUCCUGAGCCGACGGUCCCCACUGGCCCGGAGAAGAAAGGUCCCAGUGGCACCAAUAUCAUAAUAGGGUCCAUCGCAGGUGCUAUUCUCCUGGCAGCUAUAGUCCUAGGGGGAACAGGAUGGGGAUUUAAAAACAUCCGUCGUGGAAGAUCGGGAGGUGGAUAGGCGCUUUGUCUUCCUCGUGUCCCGUCCUCUCGUGUCUUCUUCCUCACACUCCCACAUAGAAGACGAGGGAAAGAAAGAGGAAAAAAAAAAAGUCUUCCAUUCCUGAUCGCAGAAUUUCUCCAGUCUUCUUCAGAAUAUUUCAUUCCCCCAACGUCCCCCCGAUUGUUUGCCCGUCGCCGGAAGUGUCUCACAGCCAUAUCUGGAGCGAGACCGGGAUCUUCUUUCCAUGGUUGGAGGAUCACUUCAACAGGAGGACUUGCUCUUCGAGAUGCUUAGUUUACAUCGAAAUUUUGAACGCGCACAGGACUGUCCAUCUAAUGGACGUAGCCCCGGACGGCUGUACAGUUCCUUUAAGCAGUUUGUUUUGAAGUGAACUAAACUCCUGGCAUGUUUUCCAAAGAGAGUCUGGGAAGAGGACGGCUGCCUGGUACAGGCUCAAAAGACAACUCUACUAUCUGGAUGUGUGUUUUGAAGGCUUGCAGCAUCGAUGACUGAGACAAAGAAGGAAAUGGUUUUGGGAUCAUCUAAUGCUGGAAAAAAAAUAUAUACAGCUGAGACCGUUACUUCCUGUCUCCGACAACAUUCCACCAAAUCUGCGUGUUUUUCACUUUUCAGACUGGAAGUUUCUACUCUUGUAUGAGGGGUGGUGUGCUUGUGCCGGAGCGAAUGGAUGAGAGAUCUUUUUCGUGGAACGAAGACUGUAUGCAUGUUGGCAGGAGCUCUGGGGGGAGUUCAGUCAGGACCAGUGCACCCCGAAAAGUGGUGAAGGAACAGCUGCCAGAGGCUAGGUGUUACUGAACAGCUGACGCGAUUGGUGGCACUCACAAAUGUAAAUAACUCAAAGGUUACGUUUGCAGUGAAGUGAUCUCGGCUAUGUGGAAAAAAGGGGGAGAACAGUUAAACGCAACACUGCCAGCUCUAAUGUUUAAACAGUUCUAAAGGUAUAUCCCUGCUAAACGCUCCACAGAUGGCUUGCAGCGGGGAAGUCGUUCGGUCACACAAGUGUUCGCUAACAUCCCGAGACUUAAGCAACUGAGGUGUUUCCAUGGUGACAAGAUAUCUCCGUCAUUCCAUCACGAUAGACUGAGUUCAGAACUGGACACCUGACGCCUCUUUAGUAUGAGUUUCCUCUCACCAAUACAGGCCCUUGUGGCUCAUGAAACCGUCAUUGCAGUCUGUUCAAUAUCUGGGAAAGAAGCUCUGCCUCCACUGGUGCUCUCGCAUGGGUCGGACCCUUCCUCCUCUGUGACCACAUGCACUCCCUCCACAGUUGGGGAGUCCUCAACUGGUCCUGAAUGACAAGCCAUGACCCAAAUCAGGGAAAAAUAAAUGAACUUUAAACACAUAAAUAUUGGGGCUGGGACUUGAACACGCUAAUUUUGAUUCAUUCAUGGCAGAAAAAAAAUUCAACGGUGCAUCAUAAAAUGCAACAUUUUUCAGUGCACCGAAUGAGGACACAGCACAUUGUACAAUGUGAAUCAUGACCACAGACUGAAUGAGGAAGUGCAGAUGAUUCAAAUAAACCUCAGGAUAAAAGCACAAAAAAAUUGUUCUGCGCACAAGCUGACGCUAACUGGAGCACUUCCGCCUCAAUGUUUACGCUUAUGUGUCCAGAUUCAACUUAACUUUGGUCAUUCUGGUGUCAUAUACUAGAGUUAUUAAUGAUUAAUAAACUAUGAAAUGCAAAUGUAAAAUGUAAAUUAUCCCCAAAAAAAGUCAGUCUGGAGAGCUUCGGGUGCGAUACACUCAUGUCUGUAACUCUGGCCUGAUAGUUUUAUGCUAAUUUAGUACACGUAAAGAGUGUUUCACCAAUGACAAAGUUGUCCUUCCUAGACUUCAGUGGGACCUUAAAGUAACAUUUUUCCACAUUCAUAUGUCAUAGUUCGGCUUCAAAAGCCACUCGUGAACAGCAGCUGACGCUUCAGCGAAAGCUAACUGGAGCACCCGUAGAACGUGUUGGUGGGUGACGGUAACUAUUCCUGACUGAAAAUCCCCCGGAACGUCCUUUGUAUCCAUACACUGAUCACAGGUGUGUUUUUAAACCCCCAAUAUUUCUACACCUGAUAUCGCCAUGACGCCACAAAUGCAGCACGUUCAAUAAAAAUGACUGCAGUUUUUAAGUCGACGGAAAACAAGCACUAGCCAACUGUAUGCACACACGUCUGUAAAUAUGAUAUCUUGAAUGUUCAACUCACUGAAUGACGGAAAAAAGAAAUUUAAAAGAUGUUUAUCUGUUUCAGAUUUUUUUUGGCAUCUGGAAAAAUAACCACUAAUUCUUGCAUCAUUCCAGUUGUCACAGAAAUGUCUUCAGGAUUUUCUAUAUUUAGCGAUGGCCCUGAACUCGGCAAAGACUUUCUCUACCAAGACCCCAAGUGGAGAUGAGAGUCAGGAGAAGAUGGUGAGAGGGUGACGGUCGGAUCACAUCCAAGAUCUGUGGAGCUUUGCACUGUGGUCAGAAAACAUGUGCCGCGAAGGUAUCUAAUACGACGUGUUAGGACUUCCAAGGAAACAAAUGGGAUGCAUCUUAUCAUGUAUUUUUAGACACCUAACUUUUUGAAAAGAGUUACAAAUGGCUUGCAGAUGGAUUGAAAAGAAGGAAAAUAAAGGAUUUAAAUCAGAUGAAUAACGCACGU